GCAGUGGGUCACCACUACUCAUCACUGGGCAAUCAACCGAUCCUGUGUGGCAGCAUCCCAGGUCUGGUGCCCAAACAGCUGCGCUUCUGUCGGAACUAUGUGGAAAUCAUGCCCAGUGUUGCAGAAGGGGUGAAGAUAGGCAUCCAGGAGUGCCAGCACCAGUUCAGAGGUCGACGCUGGAACUGCACCACCGUCAACAACAAUCUCGCUAUUUUUGGGCCGGUAUUAGACAAAGCCACAAGAGAGUCGGCAUUUGUUCACGCGAUUGCUUCGGCUGGAGUGGCCUUUGCAGUGACCCGUGCCUGUGCCGAGGGUUCAGCCACGAUCUGCGGAUGUGACAUACGCCACAAGGGCCCCCCCGGUGAGGGGUGGAAGUGGGGUGGCUGCAGUGAGGAUCUGGACUUUGGGAGCAUGGUUUCCAGAGAGUUUGCUGACGCGAGAGAAAAUCGUCCUGAUGCACGUUCAGCUAUGAACCGCCAUAACAAUGAGGCGGGAAGAAUGUCCCUCAAUGACAACAUGUUCCUGAAGUGCAAGUGUCACGGUCUAUCAGGCAGCUGCGAGGUCAAGACAUGCUGGUGGUCUCAGCCUGACUUUCGGGUUAUUGGUGACUACAUGAAGGAUAAGUAUGAUAGCGCAUCUGAGAUGGUGGUGGAGAAACAUAAGGAAUCCCGAGGAUGGGUGGAGACUCUGAGGACGAAGUACAACUACUUCAAACCCCCUACAGACCGUGACCUGGUUUAUUAUGAAAGCUCACCCAAUUUCUGUGAUCCUAACCCUGAGACUGGCUCAUUUGGCACCCGUGAUCGCAUCUGUAACCUCACGUCUCACGGCAUAGAUGGGUGUGACCUCCUGUGUUGUGGCAGAGGUCACAACACCAGGACUGAGAAGAGAAAGGAGAAGUGCCACUGUAUUUUCCACUGGUGCUGCUAUGUUAGCUGUCAAGAGUGCAUGAGGGUCUAUGAUGUGCACACUUGCAAAUAGCGAUAUCUGCUUGCUUCCUUUCUUCUUCUACCAAACCAUUAAGACUUCAGGAGGCACAAGAACAAUGGACCUAUGAAACAGGACAAACUGCACAUCUGGCUGACCUGCAGGGAUUCAGCCAGUGAUAGUUACAGUGGCCUUGUGUUUUGGGCUGUGAAGCUGAAAAGAGCCAAACUCUGCCUUAAUGGGGAAGUCAUGGAUUUUUCACCCUGAACAAUAUUUGUAGAUGUUUUUGGGUUCAAGUGGGCCAAAAAUGAUGGUAAUCGGUUCAGUAUUGAGGUAGAAUGCUAACACCGUCAAGGGCUAAACAGCUAUACAAUAGAAGCCUAUGGAGAAAGUUAGAAACUUCAAAGUAAACCCCUUCUUGUCACCACUGAAUAGGCAAACAUGUCAUUGCAGUAGCAUGGAGACAAUCC